CUGAGCCAGCCUGAGUCUAGUCGUUCCUUUUGUGUUGUGUUCCUUCUCUACCGACAAUGCGAAGCAAUGCAUCAACGUUCAACGCUGGUGGUCAUAUAACUCUCGAUAUCAGCUCCAUCCUCUUCACGCCUUCAUCGAGCGCCUUCAUCGAGCCCCCCCUCGGCCUUCGUUCAGCUGUGAUCAAAUACCACGACGAGCUACGCAGAUCCUUGUUGAUAGCGGCGGUGCAGGAGAAACAAAGGAGAUAUGUUCUGGAGUACGAGACGAUCGAUGCCAGCACGGAGCGUAGCGAACACUUCAACCGAGAAGACACUGAUGCUAGAAGACAAACGGAGAGUAUCUUGAUUCUUGAAGGUCAAAGCGUUGUAUUUCCUUCAGCACUCGCUUCCUGGACAGUAUACUACCGUCGGCUGAAGAUUAUCGAUGCAUCUACCAAGUUACAAAUCCAGUCGCUCGUGGGGCAAAAGUUUCUCGCUCAAGUGACUAAUGAACACAAACCUGUCAUCAGACAGACAGAUAGGUGGAAGUUCGUUCGUUCGAGUGUCUAUGCCACAAUUACUCCAAUAGGUUGCAAGGCAACAAACGCAGCAGGAGUCAAACCGUAUCUCAUCAUGUCCGCUGGCAACAGGGAUAACGUCGGCGCGCUCAGUGUCAUGGACCUUUAA